AAAUCCCAUCCUUGUUUUCGUACGAGCCAUUCGUCGUAUUUUCAAUUUACAGUCGUACUAGAUCAAGUUAUUGGUGUACUACAUUAUCGACAUCGUUGACAAUCAGGAGGUGUUUACGUAUCGAACGUGUUCAAUUUAUGAUACAGAGUUAUCUCAACGUUGUAGUUUUUUUUGUAGUUUUGAAUAUAAACGAGAUAUAAAGCAGAUAAACUUCCGCUAGAGGAACAAGAUCCGGCUAUUCUACAUUGCAGAUUGCCGGCUAUCAUACUAUCGGGCAUGCAACUCAUGUGUCCGCCCUAUUCGCUAUACGACUAGUCAGUCCCUGUUCUGCAACCGCCGUCCGGUAGCAAUAGAUGACCCUAUUGUGUCAAAUUUCGCAGCAAGGUUCCGUCGCAAUUACAAGUUCAGCAACCGAAACAACUACAUAAGUGCAGAUGAACAACGACACCAAGAUACAGCAAACGAGGAAGAGCCAGAAUGGGUGUCGGCAGGACCUACCUUUCGCCUGGACAAAAUUUGUGAAUUCGAUGGAGAUAUUUCAAACAACGCCUCACCAAUCGAUUAGUUGACAUGCUAGCACAAAAUCAAGUCAACAGUAGCAUGAUUACUCAGCAACAAAUUCUCAGUGAAAAUCAACAGAAACAAUGAAAAACAACGUUGAGAAUGCAACUGAUCCACCACAAAUGCAACAACCCAACCCAACUAUCCAUCCCAAUACUGCAAUCGCUAAAUAUUUUUUGGAAAAGCCGUUGUUUAACCUCACCACCAGCAAGCCUUUGCUCGAGUCUCGUAUCAAGUCAUCUAGAAACAGCGGCAGCCAAAGAGGAGAGCUGCAGCUGGUCGUUCUAAUGUGGUUCCUCUGUCUGUUAGGUCUGCUCAGUGAUGAAAGCCACGGUGGUGGAGCCAUAAUAGGUUCGCUUGGGGAGCAAGCACCCCGCUGCAGGAUCAGCACGAGCGAAAGAAGAAUUCGAAUAAGGCCAACAUUUCUCCAGGUGAUUUGACACUUGGUAGUGUGAAGUCGGAUGGAAAGAUGUGAACGCUAGGAAAUAUCCAACCUGAUAGGCAUACCACUAUAUUUCAUUCAAAUUGUAGCUCAUAACAUCUUUCAAGACUCCAAUUACAGCACCAACACUAACAUCCCCCUACGCAUACCGCGUUACACCUGAAUAUUCUAUGUUUCAUAU